AUGUCCAGAGGUGGUGGGCGAGGAGGAGGUCGAGGAGGACGCGGAGGAGGCAGAGGUGGACGACCAGGUCUUCCGUGGGAUGAUACAGACGAGCCUGAUGCUCGGCCCUCUGAGCUGUUCCCAUCAUUCUCUUAUCAGCCUUACGUCGUUCCGACUUCUCGCAACCUCAACGCCACAGAGUACAACGGCGUCCAGUAUUUCCUCCUCCUUCGCCACCAGAUCCACUCAUCGCCGCUCUACACAUCCAAACGAACUUCCCUCAUCGACCCCGACGCGCCGCGCAAGACCUACGGCCGCGACCAGAUGAACGCCCUCUACGACAUCAGAAGCAAAGCCUCCGUCGACCCCUUCAGCGCAAUGCCAACCUACUCGCAGCGCUUCUCCCGCCCGGAACGCGCGCUCCCGGAAUGGUCCUCGCGGCCGGUCUGUCGCGAAAUGUACCCGCCCGAGCUGCUCGACACUGUCGACUCCGCGGAUGCCAGCGGCGUGAGGAAGCGGCGCAAGCUGGAGCUGAGCAAGAUUUGUUUAUUUUGCAUCUUCUGA